AUGUUGAAAGGAUCAGAAAAAAGCUAUGGCUUCCACAGCAAUCUCACCCGCUCUCCAACUCCUCCGACCACGAUGCCGAUUAAGCAACACCGUCCGCGCCGCCGCAGUGAAACCGCCGUCAGAGUCUCUCUCAGCUAGCAGAACGCGGCGACAGACACUAUUGUUUCUGACGGCGACGGCGACGGCGGCGGUCGUGGGGAGAGAGAAUCCGUCAAUGGCGGAGGACAUUCCUUUGUUCGGGCUAAGGAAGAAGCUGAAGAAAGUGGAGGAGGAGGCGGAGGAGAUCGUGAGAGAAGGAUUUGAAGCGGCGGAGAAAGGACUUGAGACGGCGGAGCGAGGGAUUGUGACGGCAGAGAAGGGGAUUAUCGCGGCGGAGAGAGAGAUUGAGACGGCGGAGAAAGAAAUUGAGACGGCAGUGAGUUUCGGAGCGCUGUCGCAAGCCGGGGCGGUCGCCGGAGCUGAGGUCGUUGGAGUUCUCAUUGCUACGUCGAUUGUUAACGGUAUUUUGGGUCCCGAAGGGCAGAGUUAAAAUUAAAUGUGUAUUUUUAUGAAAUUUAGUUUUUUUUUUCUUCUUUUAAUUGCUUUCUUGUGAUUAUAAUUAUUAAUUAACUAAAUGUUGUAAUAAUGUUUGAUGAAUAAUUAUUAAAUUUAGUCAAAAUUUGAUGUUAA